CGCAGCUGGUAGAGGAGGAGGAAGAGGUGUUUUGGCGCAAGCUGCAGGAGAGGACGGUCACAGAGGAAGGAAGAGAGGGCUUCAGGACACCAGGAGACACUAGAAGACACUAGAAGAGACUCUACUCUGAGCAGAGAAAACUUUUAGAAAGGUCAAAAUGCCCAGCACACGCUCUCAGGGCCGAGCUCAGCCCACGCUUCAGUUCCCCCGACGCAAGUCCUGCAGAGUUUCCUCCCGCUCCAAAACGCCUCAGCCCCAGAAGUCUCCGAUCUCCUCACCGACCAAACCGGAACCUCAGCAGCACCUCGCCCCGACCCGGAUUGGACCACUCUCCCCGAGACGUCCAGCCGAUCAGCCCGUCCUCCUGUCGCCCAGACGCCCACCACCCUCAUCUCCUGGUCUCCAACCACGGCUUCCCCUCAGCCCCCGAAAACGCACAGGUGAUGAUAACGGCUGUAACCUCGGCGCCGCCCUGCUGGGUUCACCUCCGAAGCAGAGCAGGCUGACCCUGGCCUCACCCCGAAAACUGGGCCUCGACGAGAACUCACCGGUGUUAGCUCGCCGUCAGCUCGUCCCCUCGUCACCACGACAGCCGCUCUCUCCCACGUCCAGACCGUCCCCGAGACGUCAGGAAACGCCCGCUGGAAGCCCCGCUCAUCAGAACUCGGAGAGGAAGCCGCCGGUCGUUCGUCUGUUCGCAGAAAAGUCGAGGUUUCAGAGCGUGAAGCAGGCGCUCCACACCGCCGUCCCCGAGCGGCUCCUGUCCAGGGAGGCCGAGCGGGCGUCCAUCCGGUCUUUCCUGGAGGAGAAGGUGCUGCAGAGUCUCCCCGGCAGCCUCUACAUCUCCGGAGCUCCUGGCACUGGCAAGACAGCCUGUCUCAACUGUGUCCUGCAGGAGAUGAAGGCCGAGCUGUCGUCGGUGCAGACGGUGGUUGUGAACUGUAUGAGCCUGAGGAGCUCCCACGCCAUCUUCCCUCUGCUGGCCAACAAGCUGAAAGCGUCCGGCGGGCAGAACGGCCUGCAGAGGCUGCUGACGGCCCCGGGCCCCGCCGUGCUUCUUGUUCUGGAUGAGAUGGACCAGCUGGACAGUAAAGCUCAGGAUGUCCUCUACACCAUCUUUGAGUGGCCGUACCUGCCCAAGUCCCGCCUCUGUCUCAUCGGCAUUGCCAACGCUCUGGACCUGACGGACCGGAUCCUGCCCCGGCUUCAGGCCCGGCCUCACUGUCGCCCCCAGCUGUUACACUUCCCUCCCUACAGCCGACAGGAGCUCAGCGCCAUCGUACAGGACCGACUCGCACAGGCGUCGGCCGACGGGAUCCUCGAUGCCUCUGCCGUUCAGUUCUGCGCCAGGAAAGUGUCGGCGGUGUCAGGAGACGCCAGGAAAGCUCUGGACAUCUGCAGGAGAGCUGUUGAGAUCGUUGAGUCUGAUGAGAGAAAGAAAGCAGCCGAUCCAACUGAAACUAAAGAGUCCCGGGUCAGCCUCCCUCAGGUCGCUCGGGUGCUGUCGGAGGUGUACGGCGACCGGAUGGCGUCUCAGAGCGGCGGCUCGGAGGGAGAGAGUUUCCCCCUGCAGCAGAAGCUGCUCGUCUGCUGCCUCCUGCUGCUCAUCCGCAACGGAAAGAGCAAAGAGGUCGUCCUGGGAAAGCUUCACGAGGUUUACAGUCGACUGUGCGCUCAGCGGCAGGUGUCAGGAGUCGGUCAGGGCGAGUGUUUGUCGCUCUGCAGUCUGCUGGAGAGUCGAGGAAUCUUCGCUCUGAAGAAAGCUAAAGAGGCUCGUCUCACCAAGGUGUUUCUGAAGAUCGAGGAGAAAGACGUUGAAAAUGCUCUGAAGGAUCGGACGCUGCUGGGAAGCAUCCUCGCUGCAGGACUCCCCUCAUAAUCACUUAUUUAUUUUUUAUCUUUCUUUUUUUUUAAGUUGGAACAUUUGAACCAAGAAUUUUCACUGGUUUACUUUUUAUUCUCAUUUUUGCUGGGAAUUUGUACAUUUAUUUUAUUUUUUUCUGAAAAUAUUGACUAAAAAAAAGAUUUUUCUUUUUAUCUUCAGCUGGUGUUGGUGCUCAGUUUUGUUUUGUUGAAAAAUGUUGAACCUUCACAUCAGUUAUGAAACGACAGCAUUUGUUUCAGUUGAAAUUUGAAACGUUUCCAUUUUUAUGCUGUAAAUAAACAGAUGUACAGACGUUUUAA